AUGGGUGUUUGUGACGGUGUAUAUAAAUCUAGUGCCGGUAAUAUGUUGUUCCCCCCCUACAUAAAUGCAGGAGGGUUAUGGAGAGAGAUGGACAGUGUCCUCGUAACUUUCUUUCAGUUCCGAUUAGAAGAAAAGAAAACUGAGAGCCUGUGUAAAUCCCUGGCUAUAGCUGCCUCGUUGCCAACUUCUCAAGGGCUUUCUCUGGUUACUUCAUUAAUGACUGAUACGUACAACCAUGCUUUUGGUGCCAUUUACUAUAAAAAUGAGGUGGCGGUAAAAAAUGCAACUAACAUUGGUUUCGCAUCAGUCCGCGGGAAGAAGUUAAAAGUUUUCCCGCGCAUCUCGCUGCUAAUAUCGAAGUUAAAUUUCUUCCCUGCUGUGGUGAUACAUACCUUUGGGAGGAUAUUUGAUGAUGUUAGAAGGCAGCAGCUCUAUGAGUGCAGUUUUACUCUUUAUGAAAUGACAUCGUUAUGGGUUAUAGACAAUGUAGUUAUAGUGUCGGCUUCUGAGGAACGUGCAUCUGAGGUAUGGAGCUUAUCCAGGGGAAGAUUAAGAAACAUUGUAUUUCCUUCCAUCAUUGAUGCGAUUGCUUUAGACCCUGCAACAGGCUCUUAUUCUGCAACUGAAAUAGAAGUGAAGAGGUUGAGGCUUGAUGGCAAAAGAACUAAGCAGAGUCUUCUCCAUCACUCUGUUAAUCAGAUUCCACACAGUCACAGCUCUGUAACAACAGCCAUAGAAGCUGACCAGUUAAAGCCUGCAACAGAAGAUCAGAUGGACAUGGUGAUGAUGAUGCAGAUGGAAAAGUUCCCUCAACUCUACGGGGUCUAUAACGACGUCGUUGAAUUCCCUCAAACUGAGCUUGCUGAUCACUCUAGCAAUAGUAGUUGUAGUAAUAGCAUCACUGGCAUGCCGCAUUUUGUUGAGAACCCACAGGUCGGUUGUUCACCCGGCCAAUUCAUAACCCUGCCGACUACAGCCAUUAUUUCAUUCAAUGGUCCAACCCCAGGAGGUUCAAGUUUCUCGUUUACCCCAGCAGAGCAACCCUUGUCUGGUUCAGGUGCAAAUGCUUAUUCCACAAUAUCUCACCAAAAGAAGAACUCAGUGGCUACAAUGAGGGAGAUGAUAUUCCGGAUAGCAGCUAUGCAACCGAUCCAUAUAGACCCUGAAUCAGUGAAGCCACCUAAGAGGAGGAACGUGAAGAUAUCAAAGGAUCCUCAGAGUGUGGCGGCGAGGCACCGACGGGAGAGGAUAAGCGAGAGGAUAAGGAUACUUCAGAGACUUGUCCCCGGAGGAACCAAAAUGGACACUGCGUCUAUGUUAGAUGAGGCUAUUCACUAUGUCAAGUUUUUGAAGACUCAGGUGCAGUCACUGGAAAGAGCUGGCACUAGCAGGUCAACAGGUUUAGGGUUCCCUGUUGGGAGUUUUCAUCCAAUGGGAAAACCAUAUCAGCCCACUGAUCAAAACCAUCAGCAAUUGGGAGAAGCUUGGCUAAGCUAGUAGCUUAACAAAAGAGGAUUAUAAUAUUAGACUUAAUUGUAUGUAUAAAAAACAAUGGCUAAAUGAAACGGAGUGAUAUUCAUGAUGAUGAGCAUGGAGAAGUAAUUUAAUUGACUCCAUGCUGUAUUGUUGUAUCAGAUAGGCCAAGUGUUGAAAGAAUUAAUCAA